CACGCAGACAAGCAGAGGAGCAGCUCGGCUCCUGACUGAAACGAAUCAAAGCAACAUGCAGCAGAGACAGAGGAGUGGGGUGGUGUGAGGCUGCAGACACAUGAAGCUGCAGACAGGGAGCAGGGCCCGCAGAGGAUCCCCCUCAUGCCCCGUGAACGAGGCGACAAAAUAAUAUCACGUGAUCCAAAAUGGGCAGUCCUCUGACGGGGCUGAAAAAAGCCAUUUUCUGGCGCUGCUGCAAAUUCUGCCCAAGUCCAGAUAAUUGAUCUGGAUCGUGUGUGGGAGCAGAGCGGAGCUUUCAUGUCGGAUCAGAUCUGUCCUGAUGGAUAAAAUGCAGCCCAACCGGGUUAAAAUCACAGAUGUGAACCCCCACCUCACAUGUCCACUGUGCGCUGGUUACUUGAUCGAUGCUACAACCAUCGUAGAGUGUCUGCACUCCUUUUGUAAAACAUGCAUCGUUGCCUUCUUGGAGACAAAUAAGUUCUGUCCUCGAUGUGACGUCCAGGUCCACAAGACGUGUCCACAGCUCAGCAUCAGAGCGGACAAAACUCUUCAAGAUAUUGUAUAUAAGCUUGUUCCGGGGUUAUUCAAAGAUGAGAUGAAACGGAGGCGAGACUUCUACGCAGAGAAUCGCGUGCUGGAGCCGGGGGAAGUGGUGGAGACGUUUAACAUAGCAGAGGAUGAAAUCAUCAGUCUGUCCAUACAGUUCUACGAGAGGAAUAAAAACAAUGAGAUGCAGCGUUCAGAGAUGGAGGGAGACAAGACCAAUGGUAAACGCUUCCUGCAGUGCCCGGCAGCCAUGUCCGUCAUGCACUUAGCAAAGUUCCUGCGGAGCAAGAUGGACAUUCCCAACAACUAUCGGGUGGAGGUGUUGUACGGGGACGAGCCCUUGAAGGACUACUACACACUCAUGGAUAUUGCUUACUUCUACGAGUGGAGACGGACUGGACCCAUCCCCUUGCAGUAUCUGGUCAAACCCAACCGGAAGCGCAGGAGGCCGUCCCAGUCUGCCGCUCAGGGCCACUCUGACGGCGUCAACACCAGUCCGACGUCCGAGAGCGACUCCCAGAGUGACAAGGUCCACAGUCCCACCGCAGCCCCGCUGCCCCGAGCCUCCUCGCAGUCCAGCCCCGCCUCCCACAACCCCUCUCCUGCCAUCCAAAGCUCCAACGGUACCUCUGUGCCCAACAACACUCAGCGACACACUGUCGCAUCCAAACAGGGCGCCAGCGCUCGCAAGGUGACUGUCAAUGGCACAAGCUCCGGAGCUGGCAAAGAGGAGGCGAGGGGUGGCGACAAAAGUGGUUUGCCCCCGGCGACCUAACGCGUGUACGGGGCAGCAGGGAGGACAGUGUUUGAAUUGCUCCCUUCUUUUUUUCUUCAGAGCAAAAGGAGGAGCUUGAGUUCUCCUUCUGGACAAAUGGGGGCCAGAUUACUGUUAUCACCUUUCAACAGCAAAGACUGAGAGUGCAGCCAAAUAGACACUUGUAUGUAUGUAUGUGUGUGUGUGCGUGUGUGUGUGCGUGUGUUUAUGUGUGUUAGACUAGAACAGUGCACACAUACAAACUGUACAGUAUGUAUCAAAUGUGAGCAUGUGUGCAUACAUAUGUAUAAACUUAUCUUUUAUACAAGAUAUUGUAAUCGUUUUGUAUUGUAUAUGCUGUGGGUCUGAUUCAUUUCCAUUGUUCUUUCAACUUUGGUUUGGCUUCCAGAAAAAAACGUGCGACAAAAUGCUGGAAGGCAUCCAAGUGCACAUCACUGCUCCAGUUGGAUGUAAAGUAAAAAAGAAGCUGAUCCUUGCCUUUGAACAGUCAUGUUGAUAACUGCUGUAUAAAUGUCCAGUAAAAGCUCAUCAGGUAACACACCCAUGACAUAAAACUGUCAAUGCACUUUGUUAAGGUCAGAUCACACAAUCCAAACCAGUAUUUUCCAGCAGGAGAAGCAUUUAUAUGUACACAUUUCCAAGCACUACCAUGCUUUCAAGCUGAUAACGUCUGUCAGAAGACCAUGUUCCCUCUCUCAUGGCACUCGAAGAACUCAAAAGGGAUUUGAAUAUUUGGCCAUGUAUGUCGUAGUUCCAUCGUUUUCAACAUUCCCUUUGUUUCUUUUCAACAAACUGAUACUUUUUUUAUCAGCCAUAUGUGCAUGUUUUAGGUCAAUAAAAUGUUUACUUACUAGGUU